CUGUCCGGCAUGCUGCGUGGAGGCGGCCAGGCGCUCCGGCGCUUCUCCACGAGCCCGAUUUAUUCGAAAAACAAGCUGAAGUUGGCCCUUAUUGGCCAGAGCCUGUUCGGACAGGAAGUCUAUAGCCACCUGCGCAGAGAGGGCCACCGGGUCGUAGGGGUGUUCACCAUUCCAGACAAGGAUGGAAAGGCUGACCCCCUGGCCUUGGCUGCAGAGAAAGAUGGGACCCCAGUGUUCAAGUUCCCUCGAUGGCGAGUCAAGGGCAAGACCAUCCAGGAGGUGGUGGAGGCCUACAGGUCCGUGGGCGCAGAGCUGAACGUGCUUCCCUUCUGCACACAGUUCAUCCCCAUGGACGUGAUCGACGGCCCAAAGCAUGGCUCCAUCAUCUAUCACCCAUCCAUCCUGCCCAGGCAUAGAGGGGCCUCGGCCAUCAACUGGACUCUCAUUAUGGGCGAUAAGAAGGCUGGGUUGUCUGUUUUCUGGGCUGAUGAUGGCUUAGACACAGGACCCAUCCUUCUUCAGCGGUCAUGUGACGUUCAGCCCAACGACACAGUGGAUACACUUUAUAAUCGAUUUCUUUUUCCCGAAGGGAUCAAGGCCAUGGUAGAAGCCGUCCAACUCAUAGCUGAUGGAAAAGCGCCUCGCACUGCCCAGCCGGAAGAAGGGGCCACGUAUGAAGGCAUCCAGAGAAAGGAGAAUGCUAAGAUUUCUUGGGAUCAGCCUGCAGAAGCCUUACAUAACUGGAUUCGAGGUCACGAUAAAGUUCCUGGAGCCUGGACAGAGAUAAAUGGACAGGUGGUCACUUUCUACGGCUCGUCAUUACUUACGAGCUCUGUGCCUCCUGGAGAACCUCUGGAAAUCAAAGGUGCUGAGAAGCCUGGUCUUGUUACCAAAAAUGGACUUGUUCUAUAUGGUAACGAUGGCAAAGCACUGGUGGUAAGAAAUCUACAGUUUGAAGAUGGAAGAAUGAUUCCUGCGUCUCAGUACUUUUCGAUGGGUGAGACGGCCAUGCUGGAGCUCACAGCCGAGGAGGAGGAGGUGGCUGAGACCAUCAGGGUCAUCUGGGCUGGAAUCCUGAGCAACGUCCGUGUUAUUGAAGACUCGACGGAUUUCUUUAAAUCUGGGGCAAGUUCAAUGGAUGUUGUCAGGCUGGUUGAAGAGAUCCGACAGAAGUGUGGCGGGCUUCAGUUACAGAACGAAGACGUCUACAUGGCCACCAGGUUUGAAGACUUCAUCCAGAAGGUUGUGAGGAAGCUGAGGGGAGAGGACCACGAGGCAGAGCUGGUGGUGGAUUACGUCUCAAAGGAGGUCAAUGAAAUGACCGUGAAAAUGCCUUACCAGUGUUUUAUCAAUGGGCAGUUCGUGGAUGCUGACGAUGGAAAGACUUACGACACAAUCAACCCAACGGAUGGCUCCGUAAUUUGCAAAGUCUCCUAUGCAUCUUUGGUAGACGUGGACAAGGCGGUAGCAGCAGCAAAAGAGGCUUUUGAAAAUGGUGAAUGGGGGAGAAUGAAUGCAAGAGACAGAGGACGGUUGAUGUACAGACUUGCAGACUUACUGGAAGAACACCAGGAGGAGCUGGCAACCAUUGAGGCCCUUGAUUCAGGGGCUGUCUACACCCUGGCGCUGAAGACCCACAUUGGAAUGUCUGUGCAAACAUUCAGAUAUUUUGCUGGCUGGUGUGACAAGAUUCAGGGUUCUACAAUUCCAAUCAAUCAGGCCCGUCCAAAUCACAAUCUGACCUUCACAAAGAAGGAGCCACUUGGGGUCUGCGCCAUCAUCAUCCCCUGGAACUACCCUCUGAUGAUGCUGGCCUGGAAGAGUGCUGCGUGUCUGGCAGCAGGCAACACCUUAGUGCUGAAGCCAGCGCAGGUCACGCCCUUGACCGCUUUGAAGUUCGCAGAGCUGUCAGUGAAGGCAGGCUUUCCCAAGGGGGUGAUCAACAUCAUUCCAGGCUCAGGUGGUGUCGCUGGACAACGCCUUUCCGAACACCCUGACAUCCGUAAACUUGGCUUCACCGGCUCCACUCUAAUUGGCAAACAGAUUAUGAAGAGUUGUGCUGUGAGCAACCUGAAGAAAGUUUCUCUUGAACUUGGCGGCAAAUCCCCACUUAUAAUAUUCAACGACUGUGAACUUGACAAGGCUGUGCGAAUGGGCAUGGGAGCGGUGUUUUUCAACAAAGGCGAGAACUGCAUCGCGGCUGGGCGGCUGUUUGUGGAAGAAACGAUCCACGAUGAGUUUGUGACGAGAGUGGUGGAAGAAAUUAAAAAGAUGAAAAUUGGUGAUCCACUCGACAGAUCUACUGAUCAUGGGCCCCAGAAUCAUAAGGCCCACCUGGAAAAGCUGCUGCAGUACUGUGAGGCUGGAGUGAAAGAGGGGGCCACACUGGUGUACGGGGGCAGACAAGUCCAGAGACCAGGCUUUUUUAUGGAGCCAACUGUAUUCACGGAUGUGGAGGACCACAUGUACGUGGCCAAAGAGGAGUCCUUUGGACCUAUUAUGGUUAUUUCUAAAUUCCAAAAUGGGGACAUCGAUGGAGUGCUGCAGCGAGCCAAUAACACCGAGUACGGUUUGGCCUCUGGGGUUUUCACGAGAGACAUAAACAAAGCCAUGUACGUGAGUGAAAAACUGGAAGCAGGAACUGUUUUUAUCAAUACGUAUAACAAGACGGAUGUGGCAGCGCCGUUUGGUGGAGUGAAGCAAUCUGGCUUUGGAAAAGACCUGGGUGAGGAAGCCCUCAACGAAUACCUCAAAACCAAGACAGUGACGCUGGAAUAUUAACGCAAUGCCGUCAUCAUGGGAGGACCCGUUGGCAGACAGAAUUCUCAACCUCUGAUGACACUUAAGAAGCCUGGGUGUGCUGAGGAAGGAGACAGCACCGUGAACCUCCAAAUGCACACAGCCCAUGAAGAGGGUCGCAUGUCUCAGCAUUUACACCGAGACUCUGGGCAUUUUCUUUUGCAGCUUUUAUACCUUAAGAGGACUUAACAAUUGUUGGAUUUUGACUAUGUCAUAGACUAUAUGUAUUUCUAAAUUACCAAAGGUGCUUUUCCCUCCACGUCUAAUCUGUUUAAGUCUGACUGUUUUGAAAUCACCAGUGCCACAUAGCUAUAAUGCAUUGGAACCUUUAUUAUAUUGUAUGUGGGUUUUAUCCUCUGAAUCAUUCUUAUGGUAUUGUUAAAAACAUUUGCUGUGAUUUUACUUUAAAGGGACAGUGUGCCCUUACAAGGAAUGUGAAGGGGUCUUUUUUCAUAUUGGGAUAUAAGAUACUUUUCUGUGCCUUUGAUGUUGUACUUGUGACCCCACUUGAUGGGCCCCCAACCCGCAAAGUUUGUGAGGAUCCAGGGGCUGGCCUUGAGGUAGGAGAGCAUAUUCUGACAGGUCCAGCAAAUUUAAGGACUCCAUCUUUGGCCCUAUAGUUCACCUGGCAGUAGAUAACUUAUAAAUUUUACAAUGUGACAAAAUCGAAUGCAAACAGUCCUUGAGGGCUGUUGAUCCUAAAUGAUAAAUCUAAGUGAUUUAGGGAAACUCCAGCAACUUCUCUGGGCCCCAGCAUCCUUACAUAUAAAAUGGGAAUAGCACCGCCCCCUCUGGAUUCAAUGCAAUCAUGACAGGUAAAUCAUCUCGCUCUGUGCUCUGCGCACGGCACUAACUGCUUUUCUCCUCCACUCUUGAAAAUACACCGGAACAGGUCAGUGAACAAGUGUGGUAAUGUCUCCCAGUUCGUGGUGAUGAUCAGUUAGUAGGUUGUUUUCCUCCUCCCCUGUUCUGACACUGUGCCCGGCACAGCAGUGGUGAGAAGUGCCAUGUCACAGGUGGCAGCAAUGGUACAAGCAAAGGGGCUGCUUUCCUUCCCUCUUGAUGCCCACUGCUUCUGCUGCUCACGGCUGGGAUGUGUGGCUAUCUGAUAACGCAGUCUAGGCUCGGUGCCUGUAACAGAGACAAAAAUCCUUGUCUCAUUAGAUGUUGCAAGACACCAGGGAGCUAAUACGCACACAGUUGACACUUCACGGGGGCAGGGAUCUGCGUGCCCAAGGAACAGGGACUAACAACCCUCGUAGGACUCACAUUAACUUCCCUUUCUGAAAGAAGUAGUUGGCUGAGUAAAUUAUCACCAGUCACAUGGGCCUAGAGCAUGGCGUGUUCCUGAAUCCUGGGGCAAUCAACCGACUUAUCUUUCAAAGUCAAUGUCAGAACACAUUGUAUAUCUGACUUUGAAGCCCCUAAGGAGUGCUUACUGUUUUGGAGACGCCAAGGUCUAACAGGAAGGGAUGUCACACUUUUCUAACAACGAGCAGGAGAUGGAUCCAUCCAGAGGGGGAAAUGCCAGGUUGGAUUCCCGCAUGGCCAACAGAGUACUUUGCCUGUAGGAGCAAUUUCCAUCAUUUCCUUUAAGUUUACCAACAGAGCUUGGCGUGGUUGAAAUUCUACAUUGGAGUGAAUAUUCGCUGGGCCACAGUGACAGUUCAUAGUUGAACAAGAUGACAAAGACCUUAUUCUAAGUGGCUACUAUUAAAUGAGUUAUUUGAACUGACUUCAUUUGAUGUAGAAUAUCAAUCUGUUAGGCUGCUCUAGUGAGAGAACAGAAGAUAAAAACAGGCCUGCUCUUCUGGCCUCUUUCUGUUUCACCCUCUAGUAUUAAUCAUAGUAGCCAGAGACUCCAGUCUUCUUUGGGCCAUCAAUCUCUAUGAACCCGAUGAGAAGCUUAGGGUCCUCUCUGUCCAGUGGCUCCCCACAACAUGCAUACACACCAUUGUGCAAAUAUCCCCAAGGUUAUGCUUGGCCCACCUUUCUCCAUAACAACUUCUAGAAAGUUCUUACCAGCUUGAGUGGUUUUUUUUUUUUUAAUGUCUGAGUGUUGACUAGAGGCAAAGGCCCUCAUAAAAUUACUCAGCGAAUUUGAAUGGGAAUCUAACGAUCCAUAGCCUGUUAGGUUUAAUUAACAUGCCAGGUAAUUAUAUCAUCACUGUUGCUUCAGAUAACUGACUAGUUUGCUCAGCUAGAGGAUCAAGCUGUGACUGAUUAGCACCUGAACUGGUGAAGUGUGGACAUUGGAAACAGUUCUCCAUGCCCUCUGACUCCUGCCGGCAUGACCUUGUCGGAGCUGACAGCCUUAGUCAUGCCCCAGCCAGGUUGUCUCCCAGUUCUUGUUAUUUCCAAUGCAGCACUUACCUCUUGGUACUGAAACUACCUGAUGUCUGGAACAUCAACAACAGUAACUAUCGUUUGUCGCGGGCCUGCUGUGUGGUCACACCAUGCUAAGCACAAAAUGUGAUUCUAAUCAUCAGAACGUGUGAGAAAAUUAAUACAUUGAGGCACUCGAUGAUUAAACGCAUAGCAAGAGAAGUAAUUUUAAAAAUCAGGAAUCUAAGACACAACCACUCAGAGACGAUAGCUGAGAUUCUCCAGGCUUUUUCUAUAAACACACAUACACAUUUUACAGAAUUAUAAUGUGCAUGAUUUUAUUAUCUGCUCUUUACGCUAACCAUGUAAUAAGCCAUCUGCCAACACACCCACCUCUGCAUACUUCAAUGGCUUUAAUUUCCAUGUGUUCUCAAUUGUGGGAUAUUCGGAUCUGCUUUUUGCUACUUUAAAUGUCACAAUAAAACUUAU